CUUAUUAGAAUAAACUAACUACUUAGUAACAAUGGUGGCAAUCAACGGCAACACAUCAGAGAAAGGUGAUGGUGCUGAAACCUUGCUGAAAAACCCAAAGGCUGAAAAUAUAUCAGUACAGAUAGGAGUUGUGGGUUCAAGACCAUCUAGGAGAUCAUGUUUUGCAGGAGUUUCCUUUGUCUUAGUCUUGUUACUGUGUAUCACAACUCUAGCUGUGAGCAUCUGGUUAAAAUAUAACCGACAAUUGCCAUCGUUCUGUUGUCCUUGUGACAAACUAAAAGAAACAAGAGGAACAGUUGGUAAAGGGGGGUCAACAUGCUGUAUCAACACAGAGUUGGAGUAUGUCCAAACUAUGAAACACAUGUUGAACUCAUCUGGAUCUGAAUUCAAACCAGAAGGGUCCGUAGAUUCUGACGCCUUAAUAGCAGAAAAAGAAAUGAAAAUGUUCGAGUCUAAAAAUACAACAAUAACAAUACUACACACUUCACCAGUAGCAGCUCAUGUUCUGGUAUCUUGUACCAAUUCCUCUUAUUACCAAUAUCCUCAGAAAGUCCAGGACCUUCCACCUACCAGAACAUUGGAGGUGUUACCAAGAAGAUCUCUGUCUCUGCUACGAGGAGUGGAACUCAGAAGGGAUCAUCUGAUCAUCCAAACCAGAGGACUGUACCUGAUUUACAGCCAGAUCUAUUUCAAGGUCAUUCAGGGGACCAACUGGCCAUUGGGACUGAAUUUACUGUGUCAUAUAGUAGAAAGAUACAACCGGCGAAUACCAAACGAUGGAAUAGAGAAACUUCUACAGGAUAUGUACACUCUACCUAAGAGACCCCCCGGGAACACCAUGUUUGAUUUUCACACUAGUUAUAUAUCUGGUGUGUUUGAGAUGGAGGUCAAUGAUGAGGUGUAUGUCAGAGCCUCACUAGAGGAUGUUGUGUCGAGGCUUCCCACUCUCAACUAUAUUGGUCUGGUUAAACUGGACGGAGAAUGACUUAUUAUCAGAACCCAAGUUGUUGUUGUUAUGCAAAAAUAUGCAAAAGGAUAACAAAUUGAUGCUUAUCAAAUUUCGAAUUUCGAAUUUACAGUGGUUUGUUUUGGACAUUUGUUGUUUGUUUUUUUUUUUAGGUAUGAUUUAAGUUUAUUUAUAUUUUUGUCGUCCCUGUCCGUCGGUCAUCAUUGAAUGUGAGCACUAUAGAGACUACAGUUUUCAUCGGAUUGUAAAGAAACCUAGUAUGAUUAUUUAUAUUAAUGACAUCUAAGACAAGUUUGAAUGUGACGAACUUUCGAUUGACGUAUUUUGAGUUAUUGCCCUUGUAUUAGUUAAACGCGUUAAAAUUUAUCCGUGAGCACAAUUAAACUACAGUUUUCAGUGAAUUUGAAGGAAACUUAGUAUGAUCAUUUAUAAUGUUGAGAAGAUUCUUUGAUGAAUAGUUUUUUCUAGUUAUUGCCCUUGACUUUCUUAUAACGUGCCAAAAUAAGUUCUUGAGAACAAUGCAAGUUACUAUUUUCAAUCGAGUGUAAUGAAACUUGGAAAAUGAGGCCCGACGACUGUUGUCGGCGGCCAGUACUUCGAGAGGAGUAAAUUCGGUUGUUGAUUAUUUAUAUUCUUUUAAUUACUUUUUUUUUAAAUCUUAAUGCAUAUAAAAAAAUUAACUUUUUUUAAUUGUCCUAAACGAACCACCGUAUAAAAUUCUGUUUUCUUUUUUCACAUAUCAUUUUUUAGCAUUUAUUCAUUUUCUAUUCACAUGUACAUAAAUCAUGUUUUAUAUUAAAUUUCGGGGAAGGGAGGGUUUGAUUCUCCCAAAUGUACAGGCCUAGGGUGGAGCAGACACUUUAUUUAGAAGUUAGGAUUAAGGGUCUUGAUAUUGGGUUUUCUUCUGUUCUUAUUCUGAUCUGAAAUUAGAAAAAAUAACUCGCCCGAUGGGCGAGAAGUAUAGUAUCUGUCAUGUACUGAUUGUUUUUAGUUUACUAUGAACAAUAUUAUCAUUUAAGUUCUUAUUUUUUGAAUAUGCAACUAUCAUUUUCUGCUUAUAGACAUGGGGGAAUUUCUCUUGAAGGCUCUUAUAGUGGGCAUGAACUAUCUUGCUUGCUCGAUUGCUGGUUGUAUUAAACGGGACAACAAAGGGUGCUAUGCCUACAUUAUGAUGAAUAUUUAGUCCUAUAGGUCUUGCUGUAUUCAAUGUCUCAAUCCAAUGGGCCUCCCUAGAUUGACGGAAUUUGGUAGUUUCAUAUUCGGGCAAGUCAAUUUCUAUACGCUCAAUUGGGAUUAGGGUGAGAUCGUCUAUUGAAUGGUCGUCGAGGUUGAAAUGAUUAGAAACAGGCUUGUCUUUCUUUAAUUUGAUGUCUGACCUAUGAGCAUUAAAGCGAGUUCGUAAAUUAUUCUUAGUUUCUCCUACAUAUUGUUUGGGGCAUUUCUUGCAUGAAAUUAAAUAUAUUACAUUCGAAUGUUCAUAUGUUAGAUGUUCCUGGAUCGGGUACCUUUUAUUCGUAGAGUUGCUUACAAAAUAAUGAGUUUCUGAUAUAAAGGGACAUGUUUUGCAUCUACUGGACAAACAUAGAGCACUUCUUAAACCUGGAGGUACUUCGGCAUAAAGUCUGUUUUUAUCUGCUAUCUGUGCUAAGGUGGAAUUUUUUAUGUUUCGUAAAAAUCGUUUAGAGUACCCACGCUCUUUCAGUUUUGAGAAAACAAUCGUACAGGCUUGGUUGAAAUCAGAAGAUCUUGUACAAAUUCGAUGAAAUCGUAAAACUUGUGACUUAAUUAUACUAGAAAAGGUAUGUUUUGGGUGAAAGGAGCUCUUGUGCAAGAGUUGAUGAGUAUCAGUUUCUUUGAAAUACACUUUAAUAUCCAGUUUAUUUGUUUCUGCUAUGGAAUCUCCCUUAAAGACUGUGGUAUCGAGAAAGUCUAUGCUUUUGUCACUCACGUUUGCGGUUAGUUUGAUAGGAGGAUGGUGGUUGUUGAGAAUUUCAAAGAAUUCCCAAAACUGUUCGAUAGAAUAAGUCCAAACCAUAAAAAUGUCAUCCAAAAAGCGUCCGUAAAAAAGUGGGUCAAAUGGACAGAGGGGCAACACCUCACGUUCCCACUCUGCCAUGAAAAGGUUUGCGUACGAAGGGGCGAAUCGUUUGCCCAUUGCUGUCCCUGAAGUUUGUAAAUAUGUUUUACCAUUCAAUGUGAAAUCGUUUCGACUAAGACAAAUCUCUAAAAGCUGUAGAAUUGCAUCGUCGGGUCUGUUUGGAUCUGGGUUUCUAUUAAAAGCUUUACGAACUGCCGUUAAACCAGUAGUGUUAUCGAUAUUGGUAUACAUAAAAGAAACGUCGAUAGAAAUUAAAAUAGCAUUAGAGGGAACU